UGUUCGUCAGAGGAGAACCUGUAACAGAAAAAAGAGAAUUCCUCACAAGAAAUAUCACGCUUCGCCAACCAGCGACUCCUCAAGGAUCAGAGUUUUAUCUUCUGCCAUUGCAACUAUGCAUUUCACCGAUGUCGUUCGAUGCAUGGGGAUAAGGUUGUGAACCUAGAGGCUGCGCUUUUGUUUUGUUAGUUUGUUUUGUUCAUAUCAAAGCACUGUGAUCAAGAACAGCACAGAAAGUUUCGACUCCUGCACAGGAAUGUCCCAGAAGGAGAGACCCACUUUUUACCGACAGGAACUCAAUAAGACCAUAUGGGAGGUGCCGGAGCGGUACCAGAAUUUAUCACCCGUGGGUUCUGGAGCUUAUGGAUCCGUAUGCUCUGCGUAUGACGAAAAGUCUGGCCUGAAGGUCGCGGUGAAGAAGCUGUCUCGGCCGUUCCAGUCCAUCAUCCAUGCCAAACGCACGUACAGAGAACUCCUGCUGCUCAAACACAUGAAACAUGAGAAUGUAAUUGGCCUCCUCAAUGUUUUCUCACCCUCCACCAGCCUAGAAGAAUUCAAUGACGUGUACUUGGUGACUCACCUGAUGGGCGCAGACCUCAACAAUAUCGUCAAGUGUCAGAAGUUGACAGACGAUCACGUCCAAUUCCUCAUUUACCAGAUCCUACGAGGAUUGAAGUACAUUCACUCAGCAGGCAUCAUCCACAGAGAUCUUAAACCCAGUAACUUGGCUGUAAAUGAAGACUGUGAGCUUAAGAUUCUGGACUUUGGGCUGGCACGACUUACAGAUGACGAGAUGACUGGAUAUGUAGCCACCCGAUGGUACCGUGCCCCAGAGAUCAUGCUCAACUGGAUGCACUACAACAUGACAGUGGACAUCUGGUCGGUUGGCUGCAUAAUGGCUGAGCUUCUCACUGGACGGACCCUGUUUCCUGGCACAGAUCAUAUUGAUCAGUUGAAGCUUAUCAUGAUGCUCGUCGGAACUCCAGGGCCAGAGCUCUUGAUGAAAAUAUCUUCGGAGUCUGCAAGGAACUACAUCAACUCCCUGCAACAUAUGCCGAAGAGGAACUUUGCAGAUGUGUUUAUUGGAGCAAACCCAUUAGCUGUGGACCUGCUAGAGAAGAUGCUGGUUCUGGACACCGAUAAACGGAUCACUGCGUCAGAGGCACUUGCGCACCCGUACUUAGCCCAGUAUCAUGACCCGGAUGACGAGCCAGAGGCAGAGCCUUACGAUCAGAGCUUCGAGAGUCGUGAGCUUGAGAUUGAGGAAUGGAAACGGCUCACAUAUGAGGAGGUGAUCAGCUUUGAGCCUUCCGUGUUCGAUGGAGACGAGAUGGAAUCGUGAGGAUCCACCCUUCCUGGUCGGUUCUCUGGAUCGUCAUCCACACAGGGAAAAAGACAUUCAAGUGCCUGCCAUUAUGAAGUGCUGGCUUCAAUGUGUUCUCUGAGAUUGCUUAUCCCUGCCUUUAUACACUCUGUCAAAUGAGGGAAACAAAACAAAACACACAUGCAAAGUUCUUCACUUGAAUUUCAAAAAGGACACGAGAUUGUAAUGUUUUGUGCACCGUUCUCUUUAUAUCUUUGAUUUCUUCCCCAAAAUGAACUAUUUUUAUGGCCAGACCACUCUCAAAUAAGAGUGUAGAAGAUAAAAAUAUGUAUUCUCACAUAUCAGUCAGAUGAAUAUCAGCAUUUAAGCUUGCAGCAUUUUUAAUACUCUCUUUCUGGGGAAGGAAAGCAUAUACCUUGACUCCAAACUCUGCUUGUUGCCUGUGUAUUCCAAAUGGCCAGACAAACUCGAGUGCUGUCAAAAUGCUACAUUUUAGAUAUGUAAAUAAAAUGGCACAGCUGUAAAUAAAAAAAAUGAUGUGUGCCAACAGUUUUAUUUAGGAUUUGCAGUAAAGUACACCAUUACCAACUGGUCUCAGAAUAUGACCUGUAGCUGAAAUAGCAAAAACGAUCUAACGAGUUAAUCCAAUCAGCUUUUGUUUUUUUUUCUUCUAUUUAGUGCUCCGUGUAGAAUGUAAAUCAGAAGAGUGCGUCAAUGGAGGGUUCUUCUUCCAACUGAGUCUCUGUCCUAGACAAUAGUAGAUGACAGGAUCAGUAAUAAAUGCUGAUUGUAUGGAUGUAACCAUCACUUGGUGUGAGUGUGAUGGUGUAUAAAUAAAUUUUUGACAAACUUUUGACAUGAAAAUGUUACGAGUGAAUCUCAGAAAACUGUCCAGGAACAUUAUAUUUUGAUAUUAUUUUAUUAUUUCUACAUUAAAGGCAGUACAUUACUUGUACUGCCUUUAAUGUAUGGUGAUAUAAAUUAAAUAUAAUUUUAUUACAGUAAAUUUAACUGUAUUACAAUAAUGGGAUUUGCACAAAAAACAUCUGGACACAUUAGAGUAACAAGAAUGUAUGGUUCUUGGGAAACUUGUGCUUGAUUAUCAUAAAAUUGUAAUAUUAUAUUUAAUCUGGGGUGAAAUGUGUCCUCACCAGAUGUCGUCUUGACCAGUUUCGUGAGAUUCACCCUUAUAUCUCUUAAAUACAGAGGUCUCUGCCUUUUUCCCACCUAUGAGUGCAAUCCAUGUUACAGGGCAGCUGGUAAUCUAGCUAGACUGAAGUGCAGUUUUCUUUCUCAUUUUGUUCCUUAAUUUAUUAUUUAUGAAAGUUGAGAGUAAUAGGUUUAACAUGGAGAUCAAUGUUCUAACAGGAAGUUUAUAUCAUCAGGACAAUUCUUUGAGUAUUGCCACAUUAUAGUCCAUGAAAAACAGUCCCUCAUACAGCCUGAGAUUUAAUGCUUGUGAAAAUGAAAGAACCUGAGCCAAUACACUGUUCCAUUCCAUGUGAUGCUCUUAAUUUAACAUCCCAGAUUAAAAGACUUGCAAGGAAUGUGUGUUUUUUUACAGAAUUUCUUUUCAAUUGUUUGUGUUCUCUUUUCCACUGUAUAUUAUCACUUAAUUUUAUUCAGCAAUAUUGUCUGUGUUGAGUAUGUAUCGUAUGUAAGACAGUGCGUUUCUGUUGCACAUUUACAGUGAAGAUGUGUCAGUCAGAAGACAGAUAACGUGGUGCAUUCAGCAGUAAAAUCCAUUAAUUGUGAUUUAAUUUUUCAUGGAAAAGAGAUCAUCUUGUCUCUCUUUAGUGCAUACAACAAGUUUUUCCUCAUUCAACCAUGAUAAGCAAUUACAGGAUGUGGUCUGUAAACAACUGUUGCUAUACAGGAGUAGAGGCAGUUAUUUUUCACAUCAUGGAUUCUUUGAUAUAACUCUUGCAAAACAAGUAGAUUUAUGGUUUAUAAUUCAUUCUCAACAAUAAAUUUUUUGA